CUAAAGAGCUUUAACCAGCCUGGAGUAGCUUGGUUUUUUUGGUUCUUAUAAGAGUUCAGCUGGGUGGAACCACAAGCAAAGAAGGGGUUCCAAUGGCAGCCUUUCCCGAAGGAAAAUCUGAGGAAAGGAAACACAUGAGCAUCCCAAAUGGUUCUGGAGCAUCUCAAGGCCAAUGGGGAAGAGCCUGGGAAGUAGACUGGUUUUCCUUGGCCAGCGUCCUCUUCCUGCUUACAUUUUCUCCACUCAUCGUAUAUUACUUUAUAAUGUCAUGUGAUCAGUACCAUUGCUCUCUGAUGGACCCCAUCGUUGAUGUGCUCAUGGGGAAUUCCCAUCUCUCCGACAUCUGGAACAAGACACCCUUCCUGAGCUGGAAAGCUGCUAACAUCUAUAUAUGUUGGGUCACUUUCCAGGUGAUGUUAUAUAUAUUAGUUCCUGAUUUCUGCCACAAGUUUCUACCUGGAUAUGUAGGAGGAAUACAAGAAGGUGCUGUGACCCCUGCUGGCACGGUAAAUAAAUAUGAAAUCAAUGGACUUCAAGCCUGGAUCAUUACUCAUGCUCUCUGGUUUGUAAAUGCUUACUACUUCCACUGGUUCUCACCCACCAUCAUUUUUGACAACUGGAUUCCUCUCCUGUGGUGUGCUAAUAUUCUGGGAUAUGCAGUUUCCACAUUUGCAAUGAUUAAAAGCUACCUUUUCCCCAGUAACCCCAAUGAUUGCAAAUUCACCGGCAAUUUAUUUUAUGACUAUAUGAUGGGGAUUGAAUUUAACCCUCGAAUAGGAAAGUGGUUUGAUUUCAAGCUGUUCUUCAAUGGCCGGCCUGGUAUUGUAGCCUGGACUCUAAUUAACUUCUCCUACGCUGCCAAACAACAGGAACUGUAUGGUCAGGUAACCAACUCGAUGAUCCUUGUCAAUGUCCUACAGGGUAUUUAUGUAUUGGACUUCUUCUGGAAUGAAGCUUGGUAUUUGAAAACUAUUGAUAUCUGCCAUGAUCAUUUUGGAUGGUACCUGGGCUGGGGAGACUGCGUUUGGCUGCCUUAUCUCUACACUCUGCAGGGUUUAUAUUUGGUUUACCAUCCUGUACAGCUCUCAACAGCUAAUGCAGUUGGGAUCCUGCUGUUGGGGCUGGUUGGCUAUUAUAUCUUCAGGAUGACCAACCACCAAAAAGAUCUCUUCCGUCGCACAGAUGGAAACUGCAAGAUCUGGGGUAAGAAGCCACAAUAUAUUGAAUGCUCCUACACGUCAGUGGAUGGGACCAAAUACUACAGCAAGCUGAUGAUUUCAGGAUUCUGGGGUGUGGCGCGCCAUUUUAACUACACAGGUGACCUGAUGGGCUCCCUGGCAUACUGCCUGACUUGUGGCUUUGAGCACAUCCUGCCUUAUUUCUACAUCAUUUACAUGACCAUUCUGCUGACCCACCGCUGCAUCAGGGAUGAACACCGUUGCUCCAGUAAAUACGGCAAUGACUGGAAGCGCUACACUACUGCAGUUCCUUACCGACUAAUCCCAGGAGUAUUUUAAUACUGAGAGUUCCAGACAAAACAUACCCCUUUUUGAGGACAGCGGUGUUCACACACGCUGCUUGACACCAGCAAAAACUGUUUCCAGUUUUCUAUAGAACAUCUUGUGGGGGAGAAAGCGUGGUUUGAAGUAUAACUCUUCAUCUUCUAAUAUAACACGUUCCCAAGUAGCUAUUUAGAACAUUGCAGCACUAAAAUGGCCAGCUCUCCAAAUGAGACAGAAAUGAAAGACCGAAGAACUUUUGUUAUAAUCUAGCUCCUGAAGUGUUCUUUCCCACACUGUGUUGCUUUAUAUGAAAAAGAUGAAGGGGUAUGGGAGGGGGUGGAAUAUUGGGCAAGAUCCUCAGCAGAUAUAGACAGACAUCACUGGACCUAGGCCAAUAGAGACGCCAAUAUGCAGCUGUGGAGGAUGUAGCCCAGAUGUUCCGAUUUUAGUCUGGCACAGUUUGCUUGCAAUGUGAAUUAGUUUCUAAAUAAAUAUUGGAUAAUGGGAAACAGUUUUUUCCAUUGCAGGUGAGAGACUUGAAUCUUUACACUUGUGACCAAAAUCAUAUCUAUAAGUGGACACAACCAAGGAGGCUAAAACCCUGGUUUCAGGAUGAAAGGGGGAAAAAAGCAAAGCUAUAAAUACAUUUUUCAAACAGUGGAUAUGUUUUUUUCCCCCUGACUUUCUGAGCAUCCUCUCCUCCAUUGGACCACCUCUUACUGCAUGAACAAUAUCCCCCACUAUGGGAUAGAGCUGUUCUGAGAGUGAAUACAGUCCUUGUUCUAACCAGUAUACACCCUAAAAAGGCAAAGACAGAUACAGUAUGCAGACAAAAGUGAUCAAGCCAAUAAGCAUAUGUCUUGUCAAAUAAAACUGUGAUGGUCGCAUGUA